AUGGGUACUCUAGAAGGCAUGGAAAACUGGGGGACAAGCAAGUUCAAAACCACGGACCUCGGGAAAGGCGUUACCAAUGUCCACAUUUGCGGUUAUAAGAACGAGAAAAACGAAGGGGACCUGGAUGGUAGGCCGCCAACCAACCACUGGGCUGCUUUCCUCGAAGUACACGGAGGUGGAUCGGUCAGGCUUGACAUGGUACCGGGAGACGGGGCCGACGGGUUGACGGGGAUGCUCAUCAUUGAGUCGAAAGUAUACAGUGUUACCAACAACGCGUCAAAGUCUCUCUUCUUCACGGCUCUCGGUCACGCGACUGUGAAAACGAUCACAGAUUUGAUUUCCAGUUUGAAUCGGGAUAAGUAUAGGUUCACGGAGCAUGAAGAAGGCUGCAGGUAUUGGAUCUACACCUUCAUAUCAGACUUAGAGGGUGCAGGUAUUAUUGGUGCUGGGAGUAAUGUUCAAGCUUGGAAUUCUCUGUCGAGAUAUUGGUGCCACCCGGCCGGCAGUGGUUCUGAAGCAAGGGUGGUUGAAAAAGGAGCUUUUCUUUAG